AUGAAAGAAGUCAUUAACCUUGCCGGCCCGACGGUGAAAAUCGUCGACAGCCCAAUCCCCGAACCCAACGACGACCAGGUCCUCAUCAAGGUAGUCGUCAGCGGCUCCAAUCCUAAAGACUGGAAAUGCCCGGACCUUGCAGCAGAUCCCAACAAUGCCAUUCUUCAGUUGUACCCUCAGUUGAGUGAGGGAGUCAACCAAGGAGAUGAUAUUGCCGGGAUCGUGGAAAAGGUCGGGAAGAAUGUCUACGAGUUCAAGCCUGGAGAUCGCGUCGGUGCCUUCCAUGAAAUGAUUGCCAUCGGCGGAUCCUACGCCGAGUACGCCAUUGCCUAUAGCCACACUACGUUUCAUUUGCCCAAGGAAACAUCAUUCGAAGAGGCGGCGACUAUCCCGCUGGCUGGUCUGACGGCGGCGAUCGCUCUUUAUCAUCACCUUGCACUGCCAUUUCCCUGGAUGCCCGCGAAAGCGGCCAUUCCCUGCGUCAUUUACGGCGGAAGCACCGCAGUCGGCGCAUUUGCCAUCAAGCUCCUGCGACGGAGUAACGUGCACCCUAUCAUUGCCGUGGCAGGCAAGGGCGCCUCGUACAUUGAGCCUCUACUCGACCGGAGCAAGGGCGAUACUAUCGUCGACUAUCGCAACGGCUCCGAGCAAACCAUUCAGGGCAUCCGCGAUGCUCUCCGCGGGAAGGAAUUGAAGCAUGUCUUGGACACAAUCGUCCAAGAUCAAACUACGCAGAUCCUGAAGUCUGUUGUUGCGCCCGGUGGUAUUGUCAAUGCCGUCCUCGGGGGCGAGCGAGACGCCUCCCCAGGGGUGGCGACGAACACCUGGGUCUCGUCUGCCCACGAAGCCAGUGGAGACAAUGAUUGCCGGGAACUUUCCUACAUAUUCUGUCGUUGGUUCUCGCGAGAGUUGCAGAGGGGCAUUCAGGGAGAAGCACAUGCGUUCUCAGGCCAUCCGUAUGAGGUGCGACCUGGAGGAUUGCACGGAGUCCGAGAUGCCCUGCAGGACCUGAAGGACAACAAGGCGUCCGCGGUCAAGUAUAUAUUCCGCAUCGCAGAUACGCCGGGUCUGGCAUAG